GUUCUGGAGGAAGGGAAGAAGUCCGAUGGCCUCAGACAGUGGACAUGGACUGCGAACUUGGCUGGGCCUCUGCUUUGUCGUUUGGGUCAUGCUUUCCUUUCCUCUUGGGAGACAUUAAAUGGGAGCCUAGGGGGCGGAAGCAUCAAGUGGCGCCGUUUCCUCCCUUCAGAGCCAACCCUGCUGGGCUUCUUGGGUCAGAUCAGCCCUGGCCCGGGGUCAGCCCGGCCAGGAAAGCAGCCCCCCUCCGCCGGCGACCUCAGAGCUCCCGGGCACAGCCCCGCGCACCUGCCCCUCCCACGCCCGCCCCGCGCACCUGCCGGGUCCGCACCUGCACCUGCCAUUUGCCCGACUGGCCGCGCACCCAGCUGGCCCGCCCCUGCCUGACACGACCGCUGCCCGCCCCUUGCCUUCCUGACCCGGGGCUCCGCUGGCUGCUGUCGCCUGGGAGCUGCCGCCAGGGCCAGGAGUGGAGCGGUACCUGGAAAAUGCGCCCGUUGGUCAGCGGCCCGCUCAAGGUGGUGUUCCUGGUCCUUGCCUCCUUGUGUGCCUGGUAUUCGGGGUACCUACUCGCAGAGCUCAUUCCAGAUGCACCCCUGUCCAGUGCUGCCUAUAGCAUCCACAGCAUCGGGGAGAGGCCUGUCCUCAAAGUCCCAGUCCCCAAAAGGCAAAAAUGUGACCACUGGACUCCCUGCCCAUCUGACACCUAUGCCUACAGGUUACUCAGCGGAGGUGGGAUAAACAAGUACGCCAAAAUCUGCUUUGAGGAUAACCUGCUCAUGGGAGAAAAGCUGGGAAAUGUUGCCAGAGGAAUAAACAUUGCCAUUGUCAACUAUGUAACUGGGAAUGUGACAGCAACACAACAUUUUGAUAUGUAUGAAGGCGAUAACUCUGGACCGAUGAUAAAGUUUAUUCAGAGUGCUCCUCCAAAAUCCCUGCUCUUCAUGGCGACCUAUGACGACGGAAGCACAAGACUGAAUAAUGAUGCAAAGAAUGCCAUAGAAGAACUUGGAAGUAAAGAAAUCAAGAACAUGAAAUUCAGGUCUAGCUGGGUAUUUCUUGCAGCAAAAGGCUUUGAACUCCCUUCCGAAAUUCAGAGAGAAAAGAUCAACCACUCUGAUACUAAGAACAACAGAUAUUCUGGCUGGCCUGCAGAGAUCCAGAUAGAAGGCUGCGUACCCAAAGAACCAAGCUGACACUGCAGGGUCCUUAAUAAAUGUGUUCUGUAUAAACAAAUGCAGCUGGAAUCGCUCAACAAUCUUAUUUUUCUAAAUCCAACAGUCCAUAUUUGAUGAGUAUUUUGGGUUUGUUGUAAACCAAUGAACAUUUGCUAGUUGUAUCAAAUCUUGGUACACAGUAUUUUUAUACCAGUAUUUUAUAUAGUGAAGAUGUCAGUUAGCAGGAAACUAAAACGAAUGGAAAUUCUU